UGCUGCACUGCCCACCUUUCCGUCAGGUGGCGCUUCUGAGCGUGGUUCCAACCCGUCUGCAGGGGAGUCGCCAAAAAUAUGGCUUUCCGUGACCGUGAACAGGAACGACAACGGCAAAUUUCACUCGGAAGGCAACUUGUGGAGGCUUCAAAGAAGGGCGAAAGUUCAGUCAUCAGAAAUCUACUGAAAGUGGGCGCGUCCGUGGAUGCAGAAGAAUUCAACAGAACUCUGUUCUACGCGUCUCAGAACUACCUGACGCCCCUGCAGGAGGCCGCAAAGUAUGGACAUGCAGACUGUGUCAGGGUACUCAUACAACAUGCAGCUGAUGUGAACACCUGCGACCGGUUUGACGUGACAGCUGUGCACCUGGCAGGUGAGGGCGGACAUGUGCAGUGUCUACACGCCCUGCUGGAGGCAGGGGCUGAUCCUAACAAGGGAACCAAGUACUCCAAACCUGGGGCUUACACAGCAUACCCACACCCCGGCGGCACCACGCCUCUGCAUCUGGCAGCCACAAAUGACCACGUGGACUGUAUCCGCGAGCUGAUCAUCAACGGAGCCGACUACAACUCACAGGACGAGCUGGGCAGGACCAGUCUGUACAUCUCCAGCUACAGGCAGAGUGAGAAGGGAGUACUCACACACCUACAGAACGCCAUGGGGAGAGACAUCCUGUCACUACCUGUGUACCAGACAGAGGAGACACCUCUUCACGAGAGCGUGAGACACGGGAUGUCAGACGCGGUGCGCGCCCUGCUGAGGCACGGCUCGGACGCCAACGCGAUGAACUCCUCUGGCCACUCGCCCUUCCACUGUGCAGUGUUCCACACAGACAAGUUCUCCAUGGCCAUGGUCAAGGACAUGCUGACGCUGGGGUACAGCACAGACGUCAACCUGCCUACAACUGCAGGUGCGUACCCUUUGUUCUUUGCCUGUUUCACGGACGGUUUCCGUGGCCAGCGCCGCCCGGAGCUGGGAGAGCUGCUGAUCGCGUACGGAGCCAAGCCCGAGCUGCUGCACAAAAAGAGCGGUCCUCUUAUCACAUCAGAACUGAAGAGUCGAGACACUGACAUGACCAUACUACAGUCCGUAGCUGACACCAAGCCAAUGAUCUCCCGGAAAUACCUGGCGCCCGACUUCUUCGCCCCGCCCAUCCCGGCGCAGAAGAGGGCGUGGCUGGAGGACAUGACGCGGUCUCCUCGCAACCUGCAGCAUCUCGCCCGCUGCGUGAUCCGCUCGGCGCUCGGGCAGUUCGGCCUGCGGAGAGUCUCAGAACUCCCCAUCCCUUCUACACUGAAGGACUAUCUGUUACUGCAGACGUAACAGUUUGAGAUGCUGGAGGUCGAGAAGUAUGAAGGAACUGUUGCACACAUUAGUUUCUCUUUCCCGGUGUCUAACUCAAAGCUAGGUUAUUCAAAUUUUGCAAUAAAAAUGAAACGCCUGUCUACCCCCUUCUUGCGCUCACAAAUUUAUCAGUGACCCUGUUAUCAACUGUUAGAAAAGGGUGAUCUAUUCAAUAAUCAGCAAAAAGAGGUACAGUAUUAUGGCUGUGUGUAAAAAUAUGUGGAAAUUCGUGAACAAAAGUGUUCAAGAUAGGCUAAUACUUGGGUAAAAGAGGUGAGCUGUAGAUCUCUUGGUCUAGUGCUAUUCUUGUGGUAUGUUCUCUCCAAGUUUCAAGUUCUUGUCCCUUUCUUUGGAUGUAUGUACAGACCUAAAGCAGCUUCAACAAGAAUGUAUAAUGAUAUAGAUACUACAUAGUCUACAUUUAAAUUAAAUAAUUAUCAGCUUUCUUUACAAAACAUUUUGGACAGUUUGUUUUCUUUCUACAUGUACUUCCUGCAAAUUCACCUUUGUGAUGCAAUAUAUGAAUUUAGUUCACUUGUUAAAAGUAUUAAACAUGACAUUUACUGUAUGUUAUACCCCAUUCUCAGCAGGGUGUUGCUGUAUAUUGUAUAUUUGUACAAAACUUUGCUGUAAUAUCGCUUCUGCUGUUCAUUUAUGACGAUAGAUAGUAUUGUGAUAGGACCUGAAUAAGGCAUACUAUACUCUUGUAUAAAAUACUACAGUAAUUGAUUGAUAUGCUACACCAAUUUGUUCUCUUGGUCAUCUCUCUAAAUUACACACCAAAAAAUGGACAUCAUUUUAGGAGAUGGUCAUUCUGUUAGAAAAGGGUGUGAUUUCUUGUCACACCAGACCUUUAUUGGGUUGAUCAAUAUUUAUAUUUGUUACAAACAUAUGAGAACCAAGAAGUAAGUUGGUGAUGCCAAUUUGGACAUUAGCCUUAUCUACUGUGUUAGUAAUGGGAGAGAUUCUGCUUUGAACCACGAUACAGUAUAAAACAGGUCUAAUUGGUGGUUUGGGGAGAAGUUAAUGUACUGUACACAGGAAACCUUUUUUGGCAUCAUGCAUCACGAGGUACGUCUAAAAUCAGAUUUUGUUAAUCAAUGAUGUGGAGAGUCCCCAUGAGCCAAAGGAAGCCAACACACCUCCAGAGAUAAUUCUUGUCACAUUGUAUGGACUUUUUCUUCCAUUGUCAAGAAGAUGAGAAUGAAAAGUUUCAUUGAAGGACUACUUGAUUAAACUUGCCUCUUAGAUUUAACAUUUAGACCUACGCCUACAGGCAUAGCUAGAUGUUAUUCCUUUCUCAUUCUACCUCCAAUACCUGCAGCUCUGGUCCUCAUGAUUCCUACUACUGUCCAUUUAAUGCACUAGUAUCAGAUGGUCUGUUAAAAGAUAGAUAAGAAAUGGACACAUCUUACAACAGCACAGUAUGAAGUUUAUUUGCUGUUAACUAGUAUGGCCAGUAACCAAGAUGUCACUUACAUGUAGCUAAUGUACAGUUUGUUACUGUUGCUAUUUUCUCCAAUACCAUUUCUACAUCAUAGCUGUGAUGAAAGCUCCAUAGCUCUGAUAACUGUUCUAUAAAAGUAUGUGUACUGGCAUCUGUCAACACCAAGUCCUUGCACAGUUUCAAAUCCCUCGUCAUGUUUGAAAAAAUUGAAUCAAUGUGAUGAUACCGUACCAUUUUAUUCUAGAACUUUACUAGUAACAUGUACUGGUGACCUCAUAUUUCUACAUCUCUUGUACUACAGGACAUAUUGUACAAAUGUAUCAACUGCAGUUGUUACGUCUUUAAGGAUGUGACCAGUGAAAAGUGGCUGGAGCAAAUCUUGUAUGUGCAAAUACAUUCCAGUAGUAUUGAGUUUUGUAGUGUGUAGCUCUGUACAAAUAUAAGGUUUAGGUU